AUGCCGGACACUGCAGUCUUCCCCUCCCUCGUCGUCUUUGGACCAUUAACGUUCCUUCCUUCUACUGCUGAUAGGCUCGACAAUAUAAGACAGAGGCUCAGAGAAUGGCAACACUCAGGUCCCAUAAUCACGGCGCUACAAAACCUAGAGCGCACAUGGUACCAUCUUCAAGAAUCAGCCUCAGACCCUUCCAUUGUGGAUUCCAGAGGCCUUGUCGCCAGCAAGCUCCUCUCGUCGAGCUUGACUGAUCCAGAGUUUGCGAGUGAACUUUCCACAGAGCAACAAGCAUGGAAUGCAGUAAUUGUCCCGUUGGGAGUGCUCACACAUGUGCUGCAUUAUCUCGGUCACUUGAUACAAAAGGAAUUCAACCAUGAAGACCUGGCGGAAGCGGUACGAGAAACAGGCGGAUUUCAGGGUUGCUGCGGCGGACUGCUCUCCGCGCUCGCCAUAGCCGCUGCCAAAGACGAGGAAGAUAUCGCUCGCACAGCUGCGUGGGCCGUCCAGCUUGCAUUCGCCGUUGGCUGUUGGAUUGAUGCAGACUACGCUGAACAAAAGCGAAAGCAUUCCGACACCGCAACCCUGGUGAUCAGAUGGAAUACGGCGCAGGUUAAUGCGGAUGCGGUCAAAGAGCAGGUCGAAAAGUACGAUGGGGCGUAUGUUGCMAUUGUGCUCGAUCAAAACACAGUCACGGUCAUUGUCCCAAACCGCAGUCGAGACGAACUCACCGCAGCCUUAUCUUCGCUCGGUGUAGCUGUUAAGCAGUGUGGGAUAGAUGGUCGCUAUCACACCCAGGAUCAUGCUCACGUCAUCCAGGCCAUUCGCAAGGCACUACCUGCCAGCAUCGAGGCACCUCACGCAAGCUUGCCGCGCUCAAACGCAACUGGGUUGUUCAUCGACGACGCAGACCUGUCACGCGCGGUGCUCCGGUGCAUCAUAGCGCAAAAGGUUGAAUGGUACUCGACCAUUACUGCCGCAGCCUCAUCGCUCAGUUCAGACAAGUGCGAAUGGAUCUUGAUGAUCGGUCAUAAUGCGAUCCCCCCUGAAAUGAACAAGAGGCACAAGGUAGUGAGCCAGGAUGUCAGGCAGGCGAUACCUGGGCUCGGAACACGUCACCCUAGAAAUCACCACUACCCAGAUCACUCCGUGGCGGUAGUUGGUAUGGCAUGCAGACUUCCCGGGGCAAACUCGCCCGAGGAGCUCUGGGAGCUAUUGGUCGGAAGGGAGUCCAUGCUACGCCCGAUGCCAGAAGAUCGUUUCGACCCAAACGAUGAACAUCCACGUGCCCCUGACGGCAUGAAGUUUUGGGGCAAUUUUCUCGAUGAUAUCAAGGGAUUCGACCAUAGAUUCUUCAACAAGAAGCCCCGUGAAGCCGUUUCGAUGGAUCCACAGCAACGAAUACUGUUGGAAGUGGCAUACGAAGCACUUCAAUCUGCCGCCUACUUCUCCGCUCUUCCUUUUGAUCGUCGUGAGCGGUCAAUAGGCUGCUACAUUGGCGCAUGCUCCACCGACUACGAUGCCAACAUCGCUUCGCAUCCCCCGACUGCGUAUUCCACCACUGGUGUUAUUCGUGCCUUUUUGAGCGGUAAGAUUUCGCAUCAUUUCGGAUUCUCAGGGCCAGCCAUCACGCUCGACACGGCCUGUUCAUCGUCGGCCGUGGCCAUACACGCGGCAUGCCAAGCCCUCCAGACCCGUGACAUCUCGGCAGCGCUCGCUGGGGGUGCAACGAUCAAUGCGAUCCCUUACCACUACGAGAACCUGGCUGCUGCACAAUUUUUGUCGCCCACGGGAGCGACUAAAUCCUUUGAUGUUGCCGGCGACGGCUACUGUCGAGGGGAGGGUGUCGGUUUGGUCGUGCUCAAGCGAUUGGACGAUGCCGUUCGAGACGGCGACCACAUCCAUGGCGUCAUUGUCGGGUCUGCCAUCAACCAGGGCAACAAUUGUGUUCCGAUCACCGUUCCUCACUCUGGCUCGCAGGCCCAGCUAUACACAUCCGCUUUGAACAAGUCGGCGCUGGAGGCCAAGGCAUUGACCUUUGUGGAGGCGCACGGUACCGGCACGCCCGUGGGAGAUCCCGUCGAGCUGGAGGGCAUCCGAGAGGUGUUUGGGGGCCAUGACCGUGCCGCACCGCUCUAUGUUGGCAGCGUCAAAGGGAACAUUGGUCAUCUUGAGGGGGCUUCAGGAGUGGCCGGGCUCAUCAAAGCCCUACUGCAAAUGCGGAAUCGUGCUGUUCCGCCCCAGGCAUCCUUCAAGACCCUCAACACCCGGGUCCCCGCCCUGGAGCCCGACCGCAUGUGCAUCCCCGUUAAAACCGUGGCACUYGGCGAAGGGCCAAUCACCGCCUGCGUCAACAAUUAUGGUGCAGCCGGGAGCAAUGCGGCUUUGAUGUUGGCCGAAGGGCCAGCAGCACAACCGCAACAAGACCGCUGCGCUCUGCCGACGUCCUUUCCCAUUCACCUCACCGCCGCCAGUCCCGAGAGUCUGAGGCGGUACGGCUCGCGGUUUCUUGCCUGGCUCAAGGGCAAUACGAAUGUGGACUCGAGAGUGGCAGACGUGGCGCUCAGUCUCGCGCGGCACACCGACCACAGCCUGCCCUACUCCCUGGACCUGACCGUGUCGGACAUGUCGGAUCUGGUCCGACAAUUCUCCGACACCAAGACCAUGGCGGCGUCCAUCACCAAGCGACGGGAUGCCCCACCGCUGGUGCUCUGCUUCGGUGGGCAGACCAGCGACCGCGUAGGGCUGGAUCGCAGCCUUGGAGAGAUGCCCGGCCCCUUCCGCUCCCAUCUCGACCGCUGCGACGCCAUUCUUCGCGCCCAGGGUCACCCCAGUAUCUAUCCGGCCAUCUUCCAGGACGCGCCCAUUGCCGACGUCGUCGUCCUCCACGCCGCCUUGUUCGCCGUGCAAUAUGCGUCGGCGAUGAGUUGGCUGGCAUCCGGUCUCCACGUCGAUGCCGUCAUUGGACACAGCUUCGGCCAGCUCACGGCGUGGGUCGUGUGCGGGUCGUUGCAGGUGGAGGAGGGACUCCGACUGGUCGCUGGCCGCGCCGCACUGCUCCAGAGCCACUGGGGUCCCGAGCGAGGGUUCAUGAUGGCCAUUGACGCUUCCGAGGCUCGUGUACGCGAACUUUUCGACGAUGAGAAUGAGGCUUGCUGGGAGAUUGCUUGCUACAACGGCCCCUCGUCGCAGGUGGUUGUGUGCGAUGGCGCAUCAGCAGCGCGACUCCAACAACGCCUGGAGGCGGCGUCGACGUCCUGGAAGAACCUCCGUGUGCCGUACGGCUUUCACUCCCGCUUCACCGACCCUUUGCUGGAUGCGUUGUACGAACUGGCGGCGUCGCUGUCCUGGCAAUCGCCCACGCUCGCCCUGGAAAUGUGCACGGCUGACGACGAGGUUGAAGAUGUUGAAAAGGCGCCCACCCCGGCGGAUAUCGUUCGCCACACGCGCGGGCCGGUCCACUUUGCCGCCGCCGCCAAUCGGCUUCGCGGGAGACUAGGCGAGUGCACGUGGUUAGAGGCCGGAUCGGGCUCCGGCAUCAUCUCGAUGCUCCGUCGUUCCGCCGCGGGAUCGGACGACGAAUCAUCAUCUUCGUCCUCCUUCCUCUCCCAGCAGCUUAUACGCGAUGCCACCAAGGCUGUGGCGAGCACGACGUCUGCGCUGUGGUCGCGAGGAUAUGCGGUGAAUUGCUGGUUCUACCAUGCCUCGACGCAUGCCCACCACAGCAUACUCCACGUGCCCACGUAUUCGUGGGAUCACUCUCCUCACUGGCUGAAGCUCUCGAAACCGGGGCCCCAGCAGGCAGCAACGCCCAUCCAUGACAGGCCGGAGAAGCAACUCCUGACGCCCCUCUCCACCUCGGGCCAUAACGGGGUGCAUUGCUUCGCCGUGUCGAUGGACAGCGACGAGUACGCAGCGUUGACCCAGGGUUUCGACUUCCAAUCGCCUCUGCCAGCGCCCGCGACCAUUUCUCUCGAAAUUCUUGYCGCUGCUCUGACGAAGCUGGAGGUCAAUGUUACGGACGCAUCACCGGAAUGUGUGGCAAUCAAUGCACCGCCCAUCGACUGGUUGGCCUGCCAGGACUUGCUCCUCUCUCUCGAACCCGUGCCCGGUGGCUGGGGAUUUACCUUUGCCUCCUCUGGCGAGUCUGAUCGGGGUACAUAUGCACAUGGUGUAGUCAAAACAUGCCCCGUGAACAGCACCGUCCAUGCAGAUUUGGCGCGCUACCAACGCCUGGUCCCCGUCACCAUUGCCGACGACGUUGCUAGCAAUUGCAAGAGCGAUCGACUGCAGGGUCGCAUUCUUUACAGUCUCUUUUCGAAAAUCGGCGUCUACCCAAGCCAGUGCCAGCUGGUUCAAAGCGUGACGGUGCUGGGAAACACGGUGGUGGGAGAGUGUUCGGCCCCUACAGUUCCGGCAUUUCGUCCGAUGCAACGCAUUGAAUGCUUCCUCCAAAUCCCUGCCAUCCACGCCAACUGCCUCCAGCACGACAUCGAACAAUCUACUCGAUAUCGUCUGGCCAGCAUCGAGAGCAUGAAAUGGGGCCGGGUCCAUGACUGGACCGUGGACAGCUCCCGCGGAUGGAAGGUGGUCUGUUCCCUUACAACGUCCCAUGCAACACUCAGCUAUGACUGUUUUGUCUAUGAUCUUGCUACUGGACACCUGCACGUCUUUAUCCUCGGCGCCCAGUUCCACCGCCAAGACGUAGCCGGCUCGGCGCCUCAACGUCUACAAGCACUCGAUGUCGUCGAACAGACUCCGUCUGCUACAAGGCCCCCACCACAAGACACACCCCAGAAGACUACAAACGCCGACACAAGCCCUCCAUCAGAGGACAAAGCGACAUCAGCGGAAGCAUGCCGCGUGGGCAGGAAGCAGAGCAUCUACCAUGACUUGUGUGGGCUUCUCGAACAGCUCGCUGACGUACCGAGGGAAGACAUAGGGUGGGAUGCGACAUUUGACGAUCUUGGCGUCGACUCGCUGUUAAUGAUGGAAGCCAUUCGGGACGUGGGUCUCAUGUUCCACAUCGACCUUCCCACCUGCGAUCUCGAACAUUUGACCGACACGAAAUCAAUGGUUGAUUAUCUCGCAGGCCGUGGAUGUGCCGGCAGCACCUAUACAGAACCCACUGGAGAUGAUGCCAAGAAUUGGGAAGUUGGCGCUGAUUCUUCGUCGGAGACAACCACCGCAGUGACGAGCGAUGACGGGUCUGAUCUGGUCGACUCUGUAUCGGCUUCAACAUCUACUGGCAUCAGUGACGACGAACAACACUAUGUCGAGAAGCCAUACAAGAUGAUGGGAGCAGCACAGAUCUUUGAAAGUGUCCGCGGAGAGGUGCAGAGCUACAUCGAGGAUGCGGGUUUCGCUGAUUUUUGGAGGCGAGUGUAUCCAACGCAACGAAGGCUCGUCUUAGCCUAUACCGCAGAGUGCUUCCAAGCACUUGGAUGUGAUCUCAAAAAUCUUUCUCUAGGUAGCCCGGUUCCCGCUUUGGCUGUGCCACAGAAAUACUCGAGACUUCUUGACCGGUUAUACGACAUCCUCGCCGAUGGAGGAAUUGUUCGGCCCGGUUCAGCAGGAAGCAACCGAAAGGAGUACAUCAGGACGUCGAAGCGUCUAGACGGCACUGAUUCUCGCGCCCUCUACUUCCAAAUGUUGCAAGCCUUUCCUGAACACGCAGACGAAACCGAAUUGCUCCACGUCACCGGAUGUUGCCUCGCUGAUUGCAUCACCGAAAGAGUAGAUGCACUGACACUGUUGUUUGGAAAACAGGCCCAUCGUGACUUGUUGGCCAAGAACUACGAUAGGUCGCCCAUGGCUCAAGCUACGACGAGCCUGCUAGCAGAGUUCUUGCGCCGUACCUUGCAGCCUUUUCAGUCCGAUAACGCACCCACGCGCAAGGCUCAGAUCCUCGAAAUCGGCGCGGGCACAGGAGGUACGGCGCGAUAUGUAGUGGACUUCUUGACGAAGAACAACAUUGAGUUCGAUUACACGUUUACCGACAUUUCUCCCGCUCUGGUCUCGCAGGCCAAGAAGAAGUUCAAACAAUACUCCAACAUGCACUUCGGGACAUGGGACUGUAACGAGGGACCUCCUUCGGAGUAUCGCUCGAGGUUUGAUGUAGUGAUUUCUACAAACUGCAUCCAUGCAACGAGAGAUGCGCAACAAACGUCGGGAAACAUUCUUCCAACACUCACGGAGAACGGUGUCUUUUGCCUUGUGGAAUUCACUUGCUCGAUGUAUUGGUUCGAUCUAGUGUAUGGAUUGCUCGACGGCUGGUGGGUGUUCGACGAUGGAAGAAAACAUGCCAUGGCCGAUGAGACCUUCUGGUCUCGUGCGCUGCAAGAUGCCGGCUUCAAGCAUGUUUCGUGGACAGACGGUAACUCGGCAGAGGCUCGAACGAUGCGACUGAUCAUUGCCACAAAAGAGAAUUACGUCAGCUCUUCAGUACCAGCUCGUCCAGUAGCCGAAAAGCGUGCGGGCAUCAUGAUGCAGCAGACACAGUGGCUCCGACGCGCGGGUGUGGAUCUCUACGCAGACAUCUACCUUCCCAAAGCGCCAGACCUACGCGAAGUGAAGAGACCUAUCGCGUUGUUGUUCCAUGGCGGUGGGCACUUGCUGUUUGGUCGAAAGGAUAUUCCUAUGAAGCAUGUCCGCGAGCUCCUAAAACGAGGUUACCUGCCCAUUAGUGUGGACUAUCGACUUUGUCCCGAGGUUGGGCUUUACGAAGGGCCAUAUAUGGACUGCUGUGCGGCAUUGCGAUGGGCUCGUGAAGAACUUGCUCACAUCCACUUAGCCGAAUCCGUCACGCCGGACGCAAGCAAGAUCAUUGCAAUUGGCUGGUCUAGCGGAGGUCAGUUGGCUAUGAGUCUGGGUUUUACCGGCCCACAACAAGGGAUCAAGCCACCAGAAGCUGUAUUCGCAUUGUAUUCUCCAACCGAUCUUGAGCACGAGCACUGGGACGCCCCUUGCUGUCCAGAGGCCGCCGAAGAAGAUCCACAGGAAGUCGACGAUGUAUUAAGUGGUGUACACGAUUACCACAUAACCGAGUACACUCCAACAAACAUCCGAAAAACUCCAUCGCUUUCUUUGACACUAGCGGAUCCCCGCGCCCGGAUCGUGCUGCACUUGAAUUGGAAAGCACAGUCUUUACGGACCCUCCUUCGCGGGCUUCCUAGUAAAACUCAGCUCGCACACAGCGAUGACAUGCACCUCUCAGAUCACGAUCACUGGAAAUACAUGCCCGCACUAAGUGCUUCUGAAGUGCGCGAAGUGAGUCCCCUAGCGMACGUGCGCGACAAUUCGUACAAGAUUCCGACGUUCAUGGUCCAUGGAACCCGUGACGAUUGGAUUCCCACAUCCAUGAGUGUUGGCACUAGAGACGAGUUGAAGAAGCGUAAUGUUCCGGUGGAGUUGGUUAUUGCGGAGCAAUGUGGACAUGCAUUUGAUCUGUUUCCUGAGGAGGAUCCGUUGGGUGUUGGGUGGCGGGCCAUAGAAAAGGGCUAUGACUGGAUUGGAGAAAUUUUGUCGGGACUUGAGACUAGCUGA